AUGGUUCGUCGUGCCAUACAUACUUCUUCUAUGUCACCUUCCGCUGCUGCUUCGGCUCUAGCAGCUCGACAAUGUAACCCCCUCAAUGUAUCAGCGAACUGUGCUACGGUCGAAGCUGAGUGGCUGCUGCAGUACUUGUUUGCAUCCCCGGAAGAUCUUACGGCAACCCAGCAGACAGAGGACGAUGAAGACAAUGACAUUGUCAAUACUCUCCACUUGCAAGUUUCAGCCAAUUCAGCCACCAUGGAAUCAGAGUGGGCUCAACAAAUCACGUUGGCCAAUGCCAGGCAAGAUGUGGAAGCACUGGAGAGAAGUCUUCAUGCAGAAGACGAUAACACAACCACCGAGGAAAGCAUUAUGGAACAGUUGCACUUGAACGUACCAGAAUCAGCAUUGGGUGUGGUCCAUGCAGCCGAAUAUUUGGAUGAAGCAGAACAAGAACAAGUCAAGCAACUGUUUGCUCAGCAAGACAAAGACAUCCCGCAAGCAUUGCCACCGAAUGAUGCUGCACUAGAUUCUCACGCAGUGGAGUUGAUGGUCCAACAAAUGCUACUCUCAUCUCCAGAAUCUGCCACGGGAUAUUAUCAUGUAGCCGAAACAUUGACGGAUGAUCUCAAGAAGGAUUUGGCCACGGCCGCCACACCCUUGCCCACUACACUGGAAGAUGCCAUGAGCGAGGACGAAUCACGUGCCAUUGUCAUCACGACGCCCUCGGCGCCCUUUCGUGUCGUCCGGGUCAAUACCGUGUGGGAAGGACUCUGUGGCUACUCACAAGAAGAAGUCCAAGAACGACCCAUUGGGGAGCUGCUGAAAGGACCAAAGACCCAAGUAGCACAAGAUAUGGUACACGCACUCGAGGAGCAUCCCGAAACUCCACAAGCAACCACCAUCGUCAAUUACACCAGGGAUGGACGCCAGUUUCGCAAUCAUUUGCAAGUGGGACCUCUAUUUGCCACGUUGGAACACGAGCAGGUUGUGGAGUACUUGGUGGGGGUCUUGCGAGAAGUGGAUGAAGAAGGGCACAGUGUCCAGAGAAGAGUGGCCGCGUAA